AAGAUGAAAUUGCCCUUUUGCCUAGGUAACACAAACAAUCCUAAAAUUUGACUUAAAAGAACCUAUAUGGUGUGGAUACUUUUCACUGGAGUUCGUUAUAGUUCCCUUUUUUUUUUCUUUUUUUUUUGGAACAUUUAUACAUUUUUAUACAAUUUUUUUUAUGUUCUUUUAUUAAUUGAGUUUAUGGAAAAAAUAGUUGGAGUUUACUAUUGUUAAUUGUCAACUGUUGGACAUUUUUUUGUCAUUUGAAUCACAUUGAUACUGAUUUUAUUAGUUUUGUUAUAUAUCUAUUGGAACCUGUGAUAUUUGCUGGAAAGUCUCCCUCCUUUUCUAUGUUGAUAGUAUGGGUGAUUAGCAAUUAUGGGGUUUUUUUGUAUUAAGUUUUUGUGUCACAAAGUGAUGUGUGAUCUUAUUACUCUUGUUUUCUAAUGGAUGAGUAAUUUAUUCUAUUAAAAGAGAUAAAACAAAACAAAUAGGUGCAAGAUAUGUGACAAAUAUGAUUCUCAAUCACAUUCAUAGAGUAAGAUUUAUUGAUUAUAAUCUUUCCUUCUCUGAUAAGGACAAUUUUUCAAUUAGCCUUAAAAACAUGGUUUUUUUUGGGGGGGGUGGGUUAAGUAGUUCAGCAGCUGUUAAGUGUAUUUUCCUCAUAAAUUUUUAAUGCAUUCUUUAUUUUCAAAUAGAAUAAGACCUUGAAUGAGCACUGUCCUUGUACCAAAUCCCAUUCUUUUUACCUUGUCAUUACCUAUUAAGGGUUCCAUUUGAUAAUAAAAAAGUGGAUGGCCAAACAUAAGACAGUGGGAAAGGGCCAUGUGAUAUCUAUCUAUGGUAUAUAGCAUUAGCCAAAGCCAAAUGGAAGAAGGCACACAUUGAACAAGUUGUUGGGUUGACUUGAACCAACCCCCCUCCCCUACCCAAAAAAAAAGCACACGCACACACACACACACACACACACACACACCAUAUAUAUAACAGAAUUAGGUCAUUCAAAGCCUAAAGAUACCAAAAGGUUCUUGAGAAGUUACUUGUGCCCAUACAAUUAAAUUUGUGAACUUCACAAAAGCAUCUGUUCAGAAAAAAGGAAGGGAGAAAAAACAGGAGGAAACAGAAGAAGGCCUGAUGAAGGAAAUUGCACGGUACAUGGGAUUGGAGCUUGGAAAGGUUCACAUAAAGCGGUUUGCCGAUGGUGAAAUAUAUGUUCAGUUGCAAGAGAGUGUUAGAGGAUGUAAUGUAUACCUUGUGCAGCCCACCAGCCCUCCAGCAAAUGAGAAUCUCAUGGAACUUUUGAUAAUGAUAGAUGCUUGUCGAAGAGCAUCAGCUAAAAACAUCACUGCAGUAAUCCCAUAUUUUGGAUAUGCAAGAGCUGAUAGGAAGACACAAGGGCGUGAAUCCAUUGCGGCUAAACUUGUUGCAAACCUUAUCACAGAAGCAGGUGCAAACCGUGUACUUGCUUGUGAUCUGCAUUCUGGGCAGUCCAUGGGUUACUUUGAUAUUCCAGUGGACCAUGUUUAUGGCCAGCCUGUGAUCCUUGAUUAUCUUGCCAGCAAGACGGUUCAUUCUAAUGAUUUGGUUGUGGUCUCACCUGAUGUUGGAGGAGUUGCAAGAGCACGCGCAUUUGCAAAAAAAUUAUCUGAUGCACCUUUAGCAAUUGUUGAUAAAAGGCGUCAUGGACAUAACAUUGCUGAGGUUAUGAAUUUGAUUGGAGAUGUUAGAGGAAAAGUUGCAGUUAUGGUGGAUGACAUGAUUGACACUGCAGGGACUAUUGCAAAAGGUGCCAAGCUUUUACACCAAGAAGGAGCCAGGGAAGUCUAUGCAUGUUGCACUCAUGCUGUUUUUAGCCCCCCUGCAAUCGAGCGGUUGUCAAGUGGUCUAUUUCAAGAGGUGAUUAUUACUAACACAAUUCCAGUGAAGGAGAAGAACUACUUCCCCCAGUUGACAGUUCUUUCAGUCGCAAACCUGUUGGGUGAAACUAUUUGGCGUGUUCAUGAUGAUUGUUCUGUGAGCAGCAUUUUUAUGUAAAAUCAUUCGACUUUCCUUUUGUGGUUAAACUAAUGGCCUCUUGCUCUUUUUAAUUCACAUAUGGGUUCCAUUC